AUGUCAGUCAACUUCAACACUCCGGUCCCCGUGGAAGAGUUAAAGGAGCCCACUCUGAACCAUGGGGGCUAUCAGACGCUGAACCCACGCACUGAGACUCUUCCAAAGGGAUACUCGACUGCACCAGGACGCCGUAUCUUGUCAUGCGACAUUCUUGUACACCAUGAUGUUUCAAUAAUCGUACGUGACGGCUGCAAACUAUACGCGGACAUUUACCGUCCCCCCAACGCGCCCGCGCGAUCAACACCCGCCAUUCUCUGUUGGAGCCCUUUCGGGAAGAAGUUCAAUGGAAUCGAAUCUCUGCGACUGAUGACGCCCUGGAACCUCGGCAUCCCCGAUGGAACGCUGAGCGGACUGGAGAAAUUCGAAGCCCCUGACCCGGCCGAGUUUGUGGAUCGCGGGUACGCCGUGAUAAAUGUGGACUCUCGUGGCGCGUUCGAUUCGGAAGGAACAAUGGCAAUAAUGGGCACACAAGAAGCACAAGAUGGAUAUGAUGUGAUCGAAUGGAUCGCUCAACAACCAUGGUGCAAUGGGAAUGUCGGCAUGGCUGGUAACUCACACCUUGCCAUCGUGCAAUGGUUCAUCGCUGCCUUGAGGCCUCCAUCUUUGAAAGCUAUUGCGCCAUGGGAAGGAUGUGGAGACCUGUACCGAGAGCAAUUUGCCCGAGGAGGUAUCUACGGUGGUGACUUGUUCGACCACCUCAUUACGAAAUAUAUUCUACGCGGGCGCAACGGAAUUGAGAGUUUCCGAAAAAUGUUUCAGCAGGAUCCGCUCGCGAAUGACUGGUGGAAUGACAAACGGCCCGAUAUGACCAAGAUUAACAUUCCGACCUAUAUCACUGGGACGUGGACCAACACCAUGCACGGCAUGGGGGCGAUCCGGGGCUGGAUGGAAGUUGAUUCCCCACACAAAUGGCUUCGGUGGCAUCCUUAUCAAGAGUGGUAUGAUAUAUGGGGAAAUCAAGACGGUCGGGAUGAGCUUCUAAGCUUUUUUGAUCGUUAUUUGAAAGGUAUUGAGAAUGAUUGGGAGUCGACUCCUAAAGUGCGCAUGGCGAUCCUGAGAUAUGGAGAAAAGGAGCCUUUGGCCAACUUGGUCGAAGACAACUUCCCAAUUCCUCGCACAAAUUACCGCAAGGCAUAUCUCAAUUCGGAUGGCCGUUUGACUUUGGACACAGCACCGCGACAGUCGGGUCAGAUCUCCUACGACUCGGACAAUCCCGAAGACACGGCGAAGUUUACAUACACUUUCACGGAGCGGACGCAACUUGUCGGCAUUCCUAAAGCGGUACUUUACAUGCGGUGCGAUGACAUGGACGACAUGGAUAUUUUCAUUGUUCUGAAUAAAUUAUCUGCGACCGGGGAGAAACUCUUAAACCUCAAUAUACCCUGGUCCAAUCUUCCGGUGUCCAAGAUAUCCGACAUUCCGGCGGAUAAGCGCACAGAGGUCAUCCUCUACCAGGGCCCCACAGGGAUUCUCCGUGCUUCAAACCGUGAUAUUGAUUCAUCACGCUCCAUGCAUCCCAACUGGCCGUUCUAUACCCACGAAAAAGAGGAGAAGAUAACACCGGGAUCAGUAAUCCGAUUGGAGAUUGGAAUAUGGGGGAUGGGGGUUGAGUAUGAGAGUGGUGAAACUUUAGAGCUUUCGAUCAGUGGUUUUUAUCAAGGGAUAUCGAAUUUCGGCACUACUGACCAUGUUCAAAACAAGGGGAGACACUGGAUCCAUGUUGGUGGGGAUUGUGAUAGUCAUCUGAUUCUCCCUUGGAUAUGA